AUGACUACGGAACAACCUGUACCGAGAGACGAUCCUUUAAGAUCAGAUGUGAUUGACAGUGUUGCGGUAGAGACAGAUACAAGCCAGUCGCUGCAGGUACUCUAUCAACAAUACCAACAGAAGCAAAGCGCAGUACAAGAAGAUACGCCGCUGCAAACGUCAUCCACUAAUUUCCACAAGAUCACCGAACCGCCAACGCUACGAAUCAUUCCGCCAUUAAACUUUUGUCCUGUUGAAAAGCAAUUGUACCGCUCGGGCCAGCCAUCAAUGAUCAACCAAUCCUUCUUGAACCAACUCAAUCUCAAAACAAUUCUUUGGCUAGCUUCAGAAGAGCCAAAUGACGAGUUUUUAGACUAUUGCGCCGAGCAAAACAUUCAGGUUGAGUUUGUUACGGGGAUGACUGAUUUUGAAUACGACAAGUUACUGCAACAUCCCCAUCAUCAUCAUCAAAUAAACCCAUGGGAUUCUCUUAAUGAAUCAACAAUAACCAAGGCGCUUGAGCUAAUCAUGGAUAAAGGGAAUUACCCUAUGCUUGUAUGUUGUGGAAUGGGAAGACAUAGAACAGGUACAGUGAUUGGGUGUUUGAGAAGACUACAAGGUUGGAAUCUAGCUAGUGUGAGUGAAGAGUAUAGAAGAUUUACCGGAUCUAGAGGAGGAAGAAUUUUGGUUGAAUUGUUGAUUGAAGGGUUCGAUGUGGGAAGUGUAAGGAUUGAUAUUGAGAAAGCGCCGGAGUGGUUGAGAAUGAAGUAA